UCCAAAAUUAUCCCAAUCUACCACCUGAAAGCGUCAUCCCGAAGGACCAAAUGAAAGCGAUCGCGGCAUGGGAGGGCCAAUGGGACGUAAGAGCAAGAGGGAAGACAAAGGAUCGGCGGGGCCCAUAGGAGAAGUCCCCUCUGCUUGAAACUUGGCACGCGUCAACAUUUUGUAAAUAUAGAACAGCUACCACGUUUCUUAAUCUCAGUUCAACAGAAACCAUUCCUCAAAUCGUUUUGUCAAAACCGUGCGCUCAACAAGCACCAACAGCCACUGCGACGACCGUACUCAACUUAAGUCGCAUCCAGGAGGCCCUGCCUAAAAAACACCGCACUGUCAACGCAAACGAACAUCGACAUCGACUCUUUUUUUACGUCAAACAUUGUGAACAUUUCUUCAUUAAUACAAAAAGAAACUGUCGUUAAGUGGUUUUUGUGUGCUAAAAGUUGGAAAGCAUGCCGCGUGCUUUUCUUAUCACGCAUCGCAGAUACAAUUUAGAGAAAGAAAUUGAACAGAAAGAAGAGAGUCCUGAGAGAACGGUAAGUUUAGCUGAGCCGUCAAACGACGACCUGAUGGGUCUUUCAGAUAACAGUUCGGAAUGUCCGGACGAACUCUACAACCUUACCAAACUCGCCGAAGUGAGUCUAGCUGCGGCUGCAGGUCAAAUUUUAGACCAUCCUCACCUUUCCACCAACCAUUGCAAAAGAGAAAAUUCGGAUCAAGAAACCUACACAUACACCCAUAAGUUGUUUGACAAGUCGUCCAGGGCCUCCAGACCACAUCUUGCAAAGAACGAAAGCAAUCAACAAAACGUUGUCAGUAGUACUACCGGUAACAAUACUCAAAAGACUGUUUCGGAGACUUCUCCUCAAUUAACUCAAUCAUCCUCAAAUAAUUCCUCCUCUUCAAAUUCGGAUCACCAUCACGAUUACGAAUGUAGCGAUUGCGGAAAAAGGUACAGCACAUCCAGCAAUCUAGCGAGGCACCGGCAAACCCAUCGAAGUCCCGGUGACAAGAAGGCCAGACGCUGUCCCCAUUGUGAUAAACUUUACGUCAGCAUGCCCGCGUUUUCCAUGCACGUCCGCACGCAUAACCAAGGUUGCAAGUGUCAGUAUUGUGGGAAAUGUUUUUCGCGACCGUGGCUACUUCAAGGACACAUAAGAACACACACUGGUGAGAAACCAUUUAAGUGCACCGUUUGUGGAAAAGCGUUCGCAGAUAAGUCGAAUCUUCGCGCACACAUCCAAACGCAUUCGAACACGAAGCCUCACAUUUGCGGGCGUUGCGGUAAAGCGUUCGCGUUAAAAUCGUAUCUUUACAAGCACGAGGAAUCGUCCUGUAUGCGGAUGAACGGCAGCGGUCGCCGCAACUCGCGCGAAGACACGCCGGAUAAGAAUUCCUCGUCUCCGACACCUGUCAUAGUGUCGGUCGGUUCGCGACCGCCGGAAGACAAGAUUUCCUCGGUUGUCAGAAGUUCGGAAAAACUGUUUGUAGCCCAUGAUCGUCCGGUACGUUCGCCCUUACUGUACAGAUCGACCGUCAUAUCGCCCAAUCCCGAACGCAUUUUAUACUCGACUAUCGAGCAUCCGUCUGUCAUAUUGAACGCCCAUCGGUUCAGUCAAAAUUUAAAGCUGGGAGGCGGAAUCGUCCAAGAUCAGCCGAUGGAUUUUUCAUCAACCACGGGCAGAGACAACUACGACAGGGGCGGCUAUCCCUCUGGAAGUGAUUAUUCCACAGGUUACGCGAUCGGUCUUGCAAUUGCAGUCUAACGAAAAUCAUUUGUGUUAAAAAAAGAUUGCGUUGCCGGAAGGAGAAAUGUGCGUUUUCGUGAACAGUCCGUUUAGUGGACGAAUGGUGCCUUUUAAUGUCCCGCGGACGCAUUUUCGAUUGUUAUAUUCCGUUUUGGGACCACAACUGAAUCGCUUUGUCAGCCGAACGUAGCAGAUCUACGCAUAUUGGAAACAGGUACUUACAAAAAUUACCUAAUUUAUUAUUUUAUAAGACACUAACAGACAAACAAAAACUACGAUAAUUACUACAAGUACUUUUGAAAGCUUGUAAAGUGAUAUUAAGAUAUUUAUUUUUUAUUUGAUAUUAUUCGUUGGCAGGAAUUGUAGUAAAUUAGUUAAUGUACGUACCAUUAAUUAAAGAAAUACUGUGUGUGAUGUUUGUGCCUUAUUUCAAAAAAAAAAAUUAAUAAUAUUAUCACUGUGAAUUAAAGUGCCAUUAUUCAAGUAGGUAGAUGUAGAUUUUAUAGUAGUUUAAAUUAUAAUUUCUUUAGGUCUUUGUGUUCAUUUUUUAUAAGUUGAUUUCCUGUCCUCAAUGGCAGCUUGGUCAUUCGGUUUAUCACAUGUUUCCCUUUCGUAUUAUUUGUUUAAAGUUCGUGUACAUACAGUAGAUGUUAAAAAUUUGACCAUCACCAAACGAAAAAUGCUAACUAAAUUAAAACUAUUUUAGAAAAAUUAACAAAACGUCUUAAUUAGUGUAUGCAUUUAAUUAUACAUAUUAUCGAGUGAAUAUUUCAAUGAGCAAAAUUUUAUAGUAUUAUACGGAAUACUCAUUGUAAUCGAAUAAAUAAUAACGUGUCUUACUAAUAAAAAUUAACUUAAUGUUAUCAACAUUUCUGUGAUAUACGAUACGUAGGGUCCUCAUGAAGCUAUAAGGAUCUCUACAAGACCAAAUUGCAGAGUAAUUCCGUACUGUUUGAUUUAAAUUACAGCGAAAAUUCUGGCGGUAAUUUUGGUGGAACAAUUUAUUGCUAAUAAUGUCAGCUUUGCCGUGUAAUACUUGCCUUAACAAAUUAAUAUAAUAGGUACUAUCUGUUAAUUAUUAGGGAUAUUUUUUAUACAUAUGAAUAAGGUAUUUAUGAUUACGUAAUUUGAUGGCUGAGAUGGUAUAUAAAAAUACUAUUAGCCGAUAAUACAGGGUUUGUUCUCUAAUUUAUUUAUCUAUUAUUAUUUAUUUAUUCGGUAAAUUUUAGUUUAGUUUUGAUAGGAAAUUGAUCUCAAUCAAUGCCAGAGAUGAGGAAUUGUUUUUUUUUUCAGACCUUCUUUAAUUAGGUAAAAAUGUAUCUAAUAACAUAUAUUUCGGUUAGGGGUGUUAAAAUAUUACGUAAGGUGACAGUUUUUCUUAUUUUUGCUGACAGAAGUAGUGGGGGGGUGAUCAUAAGUCAUAUGUCUAUACGAUUUCGUUGAAAUUUUGGUGUUGUGCAGAUCACUAUGCAGAACAAUAAUAUAUUUAUAUAUUGAGCCAGGAAAGACUUUUUCUUCAUAGUUUCAUAAUUGAAAAUCAAAACUAGUUGAACUUAUCUUAUCUUAAACAAAACAAGCACCCGGAUACGACAAUACUUACUUCGUCAGUGUUGUCUUUACCUUCCGUAACUAUAUAAGUAAUUCUAACCAAACCAAACUUCAUGCUUUUACUUGGUUUCUUCUGAUCAUAAUAUUACGGUAUCUAUGCUAAGAAAUGCAUAUAAAUAUAUUCUCUAUCCAGCAUAGUGAACUGCACAAAAUACAAAAAUUUUAACGAAAUCGAAGGUGCGUAUACCAAUAGAGACCAUUAACAAAAAUUCUUGUCUAGCAAGAAAGGAAAAUCCACAAUUUUCUUAGUUUUUUAUAGCGUGGUCGGAAAUUUUUGCUGAUGAAAUACUUGAACGUUUUCUUAGAUAAUAAAUAGUUCGUUAAAAUUUUUAUUAAAUCUGUUUCAAAAUUGUUUUAUGAAAAUAAUUGCUUGCAUAAUUAAAGAACAACUAAAUAGAUUUCAUUUUUAUUAAACGUGUUGUUUAUGUUUUAUAGUAAAAUGAAAUUGUUGGUAUAGCCUUUAUUAUCUUUUUAAUUAUUGUCAAUAAAAACCUAAACCAUGCAUAAUAAAUCGUUUUGUAUACGUAAUAUAUAACAAAAAAAAAA